CGAGUGGCCUAUCAAGAGGGGUCAGUGGGCGGGCUCGCGCUGCUCAUUGGUCCGAAGGCUCUUCACUCUGGCCUGAAGGCGGGGGGGGGGGGUCGCCGGAGGAAGUGGACGGAAGCCGCGCGGCGCCGCGGGAGGGAUGGAGGCGGCCGCGGAGCCUGGAAACUUGGCCGGCGUCCGGCACAUCAUCCUCGUCCUCUCAGGAAAGGGGGGUGUUGGGAAAAGCACCAUCUCCACGGAGCUGGCCCUGGCCCUGCGCCACGCGGGCAAAAAGGUGGGGAUCCUCGACGUGGACCUGUGUGGCCCCAGCAUCCCCCGCAUGCUCCGGGCACAGGGCAGGGCUGUGCACCAGUGUGACAGUGGCUGGGUGCCUGUCUUUGUGGACCAGGAGCAGAGCAUCUCCCUCAUGUCCGUGGGCUUCCUCCUGGAGAAGCCGGACGAGGCCGUGGUGUGGAGAGGCCCCAAGAAGAACGCGCUGAUAAAGCAGUUUGUGUCUGACGUGGCCUGGGGACAGCUGGACUACCUGGUUGUGGACACACCCCCAGGGACCUCUGAUGAGCACAUGGCCACUGUGGACGCCCUGCGCCCCUAUAGCCCCCUGGGGGCCCUCGUGGUCACCACACCACAGGCGGUGUCCGUGGGGGACGUGAGGCGGGAGCUGACCUUCUGUAGGAAGACGGGCUUGCGGGUGGUCGGGCUCGUGGAGAACAUGAGCGGCUUCGUCUGCCCGCACUGCGCGGAGUGCACCAACGUCUUCUCCAGGGGAGGUGGCGAGGAGCUGGCCAGACAUGCUGGAGUCCCCUUCCUAGGCUCUGUGCCCCUGGACCCCGAGCUCACAAGGAGCCUGGAGGAGGGCCGAGACUUCAUCCGGGAGUUCCCCAAGAGCCCUGCGUUUCCCGCCCUCUCCUCCAUAGCCCAGAAGAUUCUAAACGAGACGCCUGCUCAGCUCCCCUGACCAAGGCGGCCUUGAGCACCUCCUCCUGGCCACGUGGGUUUUAGCUCACGCACUCGAGCAGGGGUCCUGGGCGCAGUUCCCAGGACCCACAGAGGCUGGCCCUUGGCUGUCACAUGCUCGCGUCUCCCUGCUGGGGCCCUGCCCUCAGAGACAUUUCCGGUGCUUGUGCAGCAUCUUGGCAUCAGAGCUGCUAACCGUGAGUGGCUCUGCCAGGUUGGCCUGGGGGCCCAGGGGACAUUGUGGGGUCCAGGUGCCGUGGCCUGAGCCCUCUGGUGACAUCACAUUCACUCUUCACAUCUCAGUAUCCACACGCCCGACAGGCGGACAGGCUGCCCUUCCCAGCUGUCCCCACAUUGUUCACACAGCUGGUGUGUCUGCAGGCUUGCCGGGCCACUGCUGUCCUCAGUGGCCCUGGGUUCUCAGCAGCCUGUGAGUCUGCAAGAGAUCAUGGUGACAGAGGGGAACACCCUGUGAGGUGCUACACUUGUAACUUCAGAGGAACUCACAAUUAAACAGGUCUUACCACCCUG